AUGAGGCGCAUACGUUCACAGCUCUGUCCAGGAAAUCGUUCGGCCUGCGAUCGCUGCCAUGCCAAGAAGCUAAAGUGCUCCCGGCUAACAGACGAGCUACGCUGCAGCAACUGCGAAAAGGACGGGCCCCUCUGCAUCCACAGCCCGCCAUUGGAGGGAGGCCGGCCUAGGAAGUGCAAGCUCCCGCUUUACGAGAGCCGAAGCGAACAGACAGACCCACCGGACUUGUUACAUUUUUAUCAUGCCGGCAACACUCACUUGGAUCGGAGCUCCGGAGAGCAGGACUCUAUGGAUGGCACGGCUGUACCGGACAUGAACUGGAACAAUGCCCCACUCCUCUCCGACCUGUUCUGGCGGCCGUGGUUGAUGCUCGACUCGCCACCAACAGAGGGUGACAUGCAGCCAGAAUCAUUCGGAGAGCCAGACGUCGCGUUUCAGCACGACAAAAUCUUUGGCUUCGGGGAACACAGUCAACAUGCGAGCAGCAAAAGCAAUAACAACAUCAGCACGACGACGAGCACGACAGCAAGCAUGCCGACGACGGACCUGGAUCGACUACUGGGUCGGCUGGCAGGCUUGCAGCAGCAGCUGAUGUUGGCAAAGUCGGCUCUGUCCCCGGUCGCGGUACCACACCAGGACGGAGAUGGCCUAUUUCCGCACGGUGGCUGUCCGCGCUUCUCCGGGCUCGCGGCCAUGGAGCCGGCACUUAGGCUCGCUCACGCGAUGCUUGCAGUGGCCAUGCCAGCAACGCUAACGCUAGAUCUGUACCGGGAUGCGCUUCAGCGGGUAACGAGCGAGCUGCAGCCGCAAUCGCACCCAAAUCCAUGGGCCGUAACGCCGUCGGGAAGAAGCAACUCCAUCAGCAUCAGCCCAACUCCGUCUUCUCUCUUCGAGCAGCAGCAGCAGCAGGCACAGCGGCAGGUCCCGCAGGUCCCGCAGGUCUGCUUGGCCGAGUGGUCGAUGGCACGCUUGCCUGAUGAUUUGAAAGCAUUUAUAUCGCUGGCCACACUACAGUACUACCUUGUUCAGAUGGAACAGGCCACGGCUGCGGGGGAACAGGCUUUAUCUCCGAGCGAGAGCGGUGGCUUACCCUUUAUCGCACUGUCGAUCCAGCAGCUGGCGUCUACGGUGCGUAAUAUACGAGACGUGGCGGCGCAGGUCAUGCACAGAGUGCUGCAUUGCUAG